CUUUCAAAGCAUUUGGUUUGUAAGAUAUUUUUUGUGCGAUAUAUUUUAAUUUUCGACAAAAUAUGAAAACUGAAAAAAUUGGUAUUGUUGGCAGUGGCCUUAUCGGUCAGUCAUGGUCAAUGUUGUUUGCUUCUGUUGGUUAUCAAGUCACAAUAUUCGAUAUUUUGCCUGAACAGGUACAAACCGCUUUGAAACAAACAGAAUUCCAGUUAAAAAAAUUGGAAAAGGAUGGCUUACUUCGUGGAAAUUUAUCAGCAAAACAGCAGUUUGGUUGCAUAACAGGUACAACAACUUUAAGUGAUCUAGCAAAAGGAGCAGUUUUUAUCCAGGAAUGUGUACCAGAAAAUCUUGAAUUAAAGAAAAAAGUUUAUCAAGAUUUAGAUAAAGUUGUUGAAUCAUAUACUAUUUUAUCAAGUUCAACAAGUACCUUUUUACCAUCUUUAUUUAGUGACGGUUUAAAACAUAAGGAGAAUGUUGUAGUUUCUCACCCAGUUAAUCCCCCUUACUAUGUACCUCUUGUUGAAAUAGUGCCAGCACCUUGGACGAAAAAGGAAGUAGUAACUAAAACACGUGAAAUUAUGGAAGAAAUCGGUCAAAAACCAGUUACCCUGACUCGUGAAAUAGAAGGUUUCGCCUUAAAUCGUAUACAGUAUGCAAUUUUGAAUGAAGCUUGGCGUUUAGUUGAGAGUGGUGUGCUAGAUGUUCGUGAUAUUGACAAAGUCAUGUCAGAAGGAUUAGGUAUGAGAUAUGCAUUUUUAGGUCCAUUAGAAACUGCUCAUUUAAAUGCGGAAGGAAUGACUAAUUAUUUUGAACGUUAUUCAAAAACUAUUUAUGCCGUAAGUGAAACAAUGGGGCCAACGCCAAAAAUGGAAGGUGAUACAGCAAUUAAUAUCGCGAAACAAUUAGAGGAAAUGGUUCCUUUAAAUAAAUUAAAAGAUCGUAGAAUAUAUCGCGAUACUUGUUUAACAAAAUUAAGCAUACUAAAAAAAGAAAUAAAUGAUGUUUGAAGAGUUUUACUUAAAAUUUGUUAAAUAAUAAAUACAUUGAAAAUUUAAAGAUAGAUGUAUUUAAAUGUAGACAUACGUUUAUAGAUAUAUGUUUUGUAGAUUUUUGUAAAUUAUAAUAAAAAAAUUUGAAAGGCAAUGAA